AAUUAUGUAAUCAUCAUCAUCAUCGUGGACGACGGCCAUUGAGAGGAUCGGCAUUUUUGGGCCAGUCCCUCGAUCUUUGAACGGGCAAAAUUUAUUAAUUACGCGCUAGUUUCCCGCUAAGAUGGCCAUGGAAGUUGACGAGGACGUAGACGCCGACCAGUCGGAGCUGCCGACAUCAACGAGCUCAGCCCGUGGAGACAAGAAAAGGUUCGAAGUGAAAAAGUGGAACGCAGUCGCUCUGUGGGCAUGGGACAUUGUAGUGGACAACUGCGCCAUUUGCAGGAAUCACAUCAUGGACUUGUGUAUCGAAUGCCAAGCUAACCAAGCUUCGGCGACGAGCGAGGAGUGCACAGUAGCCUGGGGUGUGUGCAACCAUGCAUUCCAUUUCCACUGCAUCUCCCGGUGGCUGAAAACUCGCCAGGUGUGUCCUCUCGACAACAGGGAGUGGGAGUUUCAAAAGUACGGCCACUGAGCGACAGCAGAGAUUUCAAGAAGUUCAAUUUGACAAGAUUAUCCUCCUUUUUAUGCGGCGUUCCAAAUAAAUUUUUUUAUUGGA